ACACUCACACACACACUCACACUCACACACGCGUGCGCGCAGUGAUGGACUCCAGCAGCGCGCGCUUCUCGCUCCUCGCGCCGCACGCGACGCUCCUCCUCCGGCAGGGCGACAGGAGUUUCCCGCGCAGCCCGAAGUGCGCGCGCUGCCGGAAUCACGGGAUGGUCUCGGCUCUCAAGGGACACAAGCGCUUCUGCCGCUGGCGCGACUGCGCGUGCGUCAAAUGCGCGUUGAUCGCAGAGAGGCAGCGCGUCAUGGCGGCUCAGGUGGCGUUGCGGAGGCAGCAGGCGCAGGAGGAGCUGCAGGUGAUCUACCCCGCGGCAGGAGCGACGCAGGGCGGCGCGAGCGUCUCCAGAGCAGCGCUGAGCGCGUUCGACGCCUCCAGGCCGGACGAGAAAAGCCUUCAGAAAUGCAGCAUGUUGAGUGGGUUGGUGGAUCAGGCGUUCUUCACCUCAGGAAAGAGUGAGCCGUCUCCUGGAGCGGAUCUGGAGUCGGAGAAACAGUGGGAAGCUCCCGGACGAACCCCCACUGCCGUCCUGAUGAAGAUCUUCCCUCAGGUGGAGCGGGACGCGCUGGACUCGGCGCUGGAGGCCGGAUCGGGAGACGUGGUGAAGGCCAUCGAGCUGCUGCUCGGCACCCGGGAGGGUCAGAGGUCAAGCGGAGCCGGCGGGUCGCGAGGACACUCCAGUUCGGCCUUCUCUCCGCUGCACUCUUCUUCGUCUCCCUCGUUCAGCGACGGGAUGUUGGGGUUUAACCCUGGGUUCGCCAUCGGCCCGCUGAGACUCUAUCCCACACCGAACUUCCUCCCGCCGCUCCUGACGUCUGGGUUCGUCCCGAUGACCCUGCGGCCGCCGGCGGACAUCCGGCUCCUGCGGGACCUUCCGUAUCCCAGAGACUCCUUCAACCCUGUGGUGUUUCACUCCGGCCUCGACCGGGACAAAUGACCAGACCACAUCUCCUGCUUUCCCAAUGAACCAGGUAUGGAUGAUGAAUCCAGAUGUUAACUCCUGGGUGACCUUAUGGGCAUUUUGGUCUCUUUCAGUUUUGUUUUUUUGGAUCACUUUGCCUGUUAAUGCCAAUUCAUUUUGGCACUGGUGUGUAUUUCUAUUUGAAUUUUACUAAUUUACCCCCAUUUCCUUUAAUAAAGCUAUAUUGCACUAGAAACACAAAUAGCUCCACUCAGGACCUUUUAGACAAAAUUGCCCCCAUUGAAACCUAUUAUUUUUUAUCCCAGGGUCAUUCAACUAUAAAAUAAUGCAAUCCUUGUUAAUAGGCUUUCAUUCUUUUAUUCAUCGCUUCAAAAUUGUUUACCAGAUGCUGCCAUUUUCUCAGGUUUGGCCUAUAAUAUAAAUACUCGCUUAAUUCCUGUUGUCUGCACAUUAUAUAGCCAAUUGAUAAACACUUGCAGCUAUGUGUGUGUUGGUAUGGAUGUCAGAAUGUGGUUUGCAUGUGUAAUAAAAAAAAAUGUGUGUGCUUGAAA